GCUUUGACGCGCACUCUCUAGAGGCAAGAAGUGCGGAUCAAAAGAAUAUGUCCGAGACUUCCUCCAAGCUUGCAACUGACAACCCGUCAGGAUCUCCAUCGGAGAGACAGAAUGACCCAGUGACCCAGGCAGAAAACAGCACAACAGGAGACCGGACAGAAACACAGACACAGACACAGACAGAUAGACCCAGGGAGGAAACAAGGGAAGGAAAACAAGAGAAAGGAAAAGAGCGUGAGGAAAGCGAGGAAGUAAAUAAAGGAUAUAUCUCCGAAGGGGAGGAGGGUCAAGAGGAGGAGGAAGAGGAAGCUUCAGCGCCCCCAUUACCAGACGAAAAGGUUCCACCACCGCUUCCUAAUGAGGCCCCUCCCCGGGAGGACGAUGGGUGGGAACCGGUCUGGGAUGCCAACGUUGGAUCAUACUACUUCUAUAAUCGCCUCACGGGUGUGUCGCAGUGGGAGAACCCCCGCGUGCCAGAUGCGGCCGCAGCAGGUCCUCCUGGCGUAGAGGCCAGUGCUUCGCCUACGGAGAAGGCCGCGUCCGUGUUAGGUAGCUAUAACCCUGCGAUCCACGGGGACUACGAUCCGACAGCCCCGUACGCCCAGCAGUACGAGCAGCCGCCCACCGAGGCUACACCUGCCGGGGCUCCCGGGGUGGAUCAAUACACUGCGGCUGGCGCGUUCAACCGGUUCACCGGACGGUGGCAGGCCGAUUCACAGAACCCUGAACAACAUAAUGAUCACAAUAAAUCCUAUCGGCAGAUGAAUGCCUUCUUUGAUGUGGACGCGGCGGCCAAUAGUCAUGAUGGACGGAGCCUGCGGGCCGAGCGGAGUGCUAAAAAGCUCACUAAAAAGGAACUGAAAAUGUUCAAGGAGAAACGGAGAGAAAAGAAGGAAGAAAAGCGAAGGGCAUGGCUACGCGAUUGAUAUGUUAUCAUUGAGAUACCUUUUGUUUUAUACGGAUGGGCUUGGGCGUUUGUACCGUAGUUAUGGGUCGCAUACGAUAGAGCAGCGUGUACUUUCAUUCCUACAAUAAAUGUAACAUAUUCAUCUGCUCCA